UUGAGUAAUUGCCAAGGGGGGAUAUGUUACUAUAAUUUGGUGAGCCAUUUAUGGUUGCCAUCACUUCAUGUUUUUGAAAAGAUCAUUUCACUAUUUCAUGGACCACAUCAAUUAAAGAAUCAAAUAAACAUGGCUAAUUUCCAUCUCCUUAAAUUUUAUGUAUUCAGAAAUUUAUGUACUAAUAUUUAAUUAUUAUAAAGUUUGUGGUACAGCGUUGGUCAUAACAUUUAAUUCUUUCUUUUCAUAUAUACUCUCACUUAUCUUUCCAUAAAAUAUUACAUCUCACCAAAAGAUAGGUAAAAGAGAAGUACCACAUUAUAUAUCUUAUUAUAAUUUGGAACUAUAGGUUAUAAUUAAAAUGGGAAGAUCACCAUGUUUAGAUAAAGAUGGUUUGAAGAAAGGGCCAUGGACACAUGAUGAAGACCAAAAGCUCUUAGCUUAUGUUGAUGAACAUGGGUAUGGUAGUUGGAGUGAUUUGCCACUUAGGGCAGGGCUUCAGAGAUGUGGAAGGAGUUGUAGACUGAGAUGGAUCAAUUAUUUAAGGCCUAAUAUCAAGAGAGGAAAGUUCAGUUCUGAGGAAGAAAGAACCAUCUUUCAACUUCAUGCUCUUCUUGGAAAUAGGUGGUCAAUUAUAGCAUCUCACUUACCAAACAGAAGUGAUAACGAGAUAAAGAACUAUUGGAACACACGUUUAAAGAAGAGACUAAUCAAUAUGGGCAUUGAUCCCAUGACUCAUCAACCAAAGAGAGAUGGUUCAAAUUAUAAGUCCAUUGCUAGCCUUAGCCAUAUGGCUGAAUGGGAGACUGCUAGGCUUGAAGCAGAGGCUAGACUUGUUCGAAACAAAAGCACAUACAAUAACAACAACAACAACAAUAAUAAUAAUAAUAAUAACAAUAAUAAUAAUCUUUAUCGUCGUCCUCAUAAUACUUUGCAUCGAAUCCCUUGUCUUGACAUACUAAAAGCUUGGCAAAUGUCACGCACAAAUGUACCAACUAUAAAUGACAUUAGUGCAAUACUUCUUGAUGGUUUUAUCAAGAACACAAGGACAAAAAUAUGUGAUUCUACAACGCGUUCUACGUUCAAUAAUAUCGAAGAAAAUGUUGAGGUUGGUGAAGAUCUUUGCAUAUUUGAAGAUACAAUAACAAAAGAUAAUGACAUCCAAACAGAAUUUUCCAUCAUUGAGGGUUUAGAUGAGCUUUUUCCAGAAUAUGGUUAUAGCCAAAACCCUGGAAACUACUCAAGUGAAGUACAAAUGGAUGGUUGCUUUGGAAAUUUUGAAGACAACAAGAGUACUAAUUGGAACAACAUUGCACAUUUGGUAAUGACUUCACCAAUUGGAUCUCCAUUACUCUAAGUAUUCAUGAUAGUUUUGGAUUAUUUUGUUUGCAUUCUUUUCCCUUUUUGAUCCCUGUCGUGGUGAAUUGGAUGAGAUCUCUUCAACGCUGAAUAAAAAAGAUUUGGUUUGAGCAAGGAGAAUGGAGUAACUUCUUGUAGGAUCUUCUCCUUUGAUAAUAGUUUAUGCCACAUGAAUCUGAAUUUUUCCAUAAAUUAAUAAAUGAAUUAUAAAAAAAUUAUC